AUGGCUCACAUCUACGAUAUCGGCACCCGCGCAUGGCAGCCCGACACCACCGAGGGCUGGGUUGCCUCCGAGGUGACGGACAAGCAGAUUGCGGGGGAUAAGGUGACGCUGGUCUUCACUCUGGAAAAUGGCGAGACCAAGACAGUCGAGACGACUCUCGACGCCAUCCAGACUGGCAACGACGACAAACUGCCGCCAUUGAUGAACCCCGCCAUGCUUGAGGCUAGCGACGACUUGACCAACUUGUCGCAUCUUAACGAACCGGCUGUCCUCCAGGCCAUUAAGCUUCGUUACUUACAAAAAGAGAUCUACACAUAUUCGGGUAUUGUCCUGAUUGCAACGAAUCCCUUCGCCCGCGUCGACUCCCUAUAUGUUCCCGGCAUGGUACAAGUUUAUGCUGGCAAACAGAGAUCAUAUGGCGCUCCGCAUUUGUUCGCCAUUGCUGAAGAGGCUUUUGCCGACAUGUUGCGCGACCAGAAGAACCAGACCAUUGUCGUUUCUGGAGAGUCUGGUGCUGGUAAGACGGUCAGCGCCAAAUACAUCAUGCGAUACUUUGCCACACGAGAGUCUCCCGACAACCCGGGCAAGCGGAGAGGCAAGUCCGACCAGAUGAGUGAGACAGAAGAGCAAAUUCUGGCUACCAAUCCCAUCAUGGAAGCCUUUGGUAACGCGAAGACCACGCGAAACGACAACUCGUCUCGUUUCGGUAAAUACAUUGAAAUCAUGUUCAACAAGCAGACGGACAUUAUCGGUGCCAAGAUCAGGACAUAUCUGCUCGAACGGUCAAGACUGGUGUUCCAGCCGCUUAAGGAGCGCAACUACCACGUUUUCUACCAGCUGGUAGCCGGUGCUACCGACGAGGAGCGUGAGGAGCUUUCGCUCAAGUCGGUCGAGGAGUUCAGCUACCUCAACCAGGGUAGCGCUCCCGUUAUUGAGGGCAUGGACGACGUUGCUGAAUUCAAGGCGACAAAGCAAUCGCUGACCAAGAUUGGUGUUUCGUCCGAAACCCAAGACGGCAUCUGGCGCCUGCUUGCGGCCCUUUUGCACAUGGGAGAUGUCAAGAUCACUGCGACACGAACAGACUCAAAUCUUUCUCCCGAGGAGCCCUCUCUCGUCAAGGCCUGUGCCCUGCUCGGAAUUGACGCAAACACGUUUGCCAAGUGGAUUGUAAAGAAGCAACUCAUUACCAGAGGAGAAAAGAUUGUUUCCAACCUGACACAACAACAAGCUAUCGUCGUCCGAGACUCGGUUGCCAAAUUCAUCUAUUCAAGUCUGUUCGACUGGCUAGUAGAGCGAACCAACGAGAGUUUAGCCACAGAAGAGGUUAUUGCGUCUGCCCACACCUUCAUCGGUGUUUUGGAUAUCUACGGUUUCGAGCACUUUGCAAAAAACUCUUUCGAGCAGUUCUGUAUCAACUAUGCCAAUGAGAAAUUGCAGCAAGAGUUCAACGCACACGUCUUCAAGCUCGAGCAGGAAGAAUACAUGCGUGAAAAGAUCGAUUGGACUUUUAUCGACUUUGCCGACAACCAACCGUGUAUCGACCUGAUUGAGGGCAAGCUCGGUAUCCUGUCCCUCUUGGAUGAAGAGUCUAGGUUGCCUAUGGGUUCCGACGAGCAGUUUGUCACCAAGCUCCACCACAACUACUCGGGAGACAAGCACAAGUUCUACAAGAAGCCUCGAUUUGGAAAGUCUGCCUUCACCGUUUGCCACUACGCCGUCGACGUCACAUACGAGUCUGAUGGCUUCAUUGAGAAGAACAGAGAUACUGUGCCCGACGAGCACAUGGAAGUCCUCAAGGCCUCAAGCAACAAGUUCUUGACUGAAGUGUUGGACACUGCUGCUUCGAUCCGAGAAAAGGAGACAGCCAGCACUGCCUCUGCCAAACCGGGUGCUGCAGUCUCAGCUGGACGCAGGGUGGCUACCAACCGAAAGCCAACGCUUGGUGGUAUCUUCAAGUCUUCGCUCAUCGAGCUCAUGCAAACCAUCAAUUCGACUGAUGUUCACUAUAUCCGUUGUAUCAAGCCCAACGAGGCAAAGGCUGCCUGGCAAUUUGAUGGACCCAUGGUUCUGAGUCAAUUGCGUGCUUGCGGUGUCCUCGAGACGGUCAGAAUCAGUUGUGCCGGUUACCCUACCCGAUGGACGUACGAAGAAUUCGCCCUCCGUUACUACAUGUUGGUCAGGUCCUCCGAAUGGACACCGGAAAUUCGCAACAUGGCCACAGCCAUUCUGAAGAAGGCUCUGGGCACUGGCAAGAACGAUGGCACCGACAAGUACCAGAUGGGUCUGACCAAGAUCUUCUUCCGCGCUGGUAUGCUUGCAUUCCUUGAGAACCUGCGUACUGCUCGCCUCAACGAUGCGGCCGUUAUGAUCCAGAAGAACCUUCGUGCUAAGUACUACCGCCGCGUCUAUCUCGAGAUGCGCGAAGCUGUCAUCUCGGUUCAGUCAUUGGCUAGAGGUUACAUGACCAGAGAACGCGCUGAGGAGGCACGACAGGUCAGGGCUGCGACCACCAUCCAAAGAGUCUGGAGGGGUAGCAAAGACCGCAAGCGCUUCCUCUUCGUCAGGAACUCGGUCAUCAAAUUCGAAGCUGCCGCGAAGGGAUACCUUCUCCGCAAGAACAUUCUGGACAAGAGGCUUGGAGAUGCUGCUCGUAUGAUCCAGCGUAACUGGCGCAAGCAGCGUUACAUCCGCGCCUACAAGAAGCAGAUCAAGCAAAUCAUCACUGUUCAGAAACUGUGGCGAGGACGAAAGGCUCGCAAGGAGUACAAGGUCCUGCGCGCCGAAUCUCGCGAUCUCAAGAACAUCUCCUACAAGCUGGAAAACAAGGUCGUCGAGCUUACUCAGAACUUGGGUACGAUGAGGGAACAGAACAAGUCGCUCAAGUCACAAGUGGAGAAUUACGAGAGCCAGAUCAAGUCAUACAAAGAACGCAGCCGAACUCUCGAGAACCGCCAGAAGGAACUUCAGGCCGAAGCCAACCAGGCUGGUAUCACUGCUGCCAAGCUCAGCCAGAUGGAGGACGAGUACAAGAAGCUGCAGAUCAGCUACGAAGAGAGCACUGCCAAGAUGCGUCACUUGCAAGAAGAGGAGAAGGAGCUCCGCGCUUCGCUCAAGAGGACUACCGAGGACCUCGAGCAGUCAAAGAGGAGGAGCAAUGUCACCGAGACAGAGAAGAUGUCGCUCCGCCAGCAGCUUGCCGAACUCCAGGAGCAGGUCGAGUUGAUGAAGCGCUCUGGACCAAUCCCCAGCGACCUCAAUGGACAUGCUCCAAGCAUUGCGCCCAGCAGCUUGAUCAAGCUCGUCUCGUCGAAGAAGCCAAAGAGGCGCAGUGCCGGACCCGACACUCGCGACAUCAACCGCUUCAGCGAACAAUACAACCCUCGCCCUGUCUCCAUGGCGCCUGGCUCCACCAUCCACAGGCAGAACCUGUCCGGCUCAACGUUUGCUCAGCUUGACAACGUCGAGAUGGAGCUUGAGAACAUCCUUGCCGAGGAGGACAUGCUCAACGACGAGGUUACUCUUGGACUCAUCAAGAACUUGAAGAUCCCAUCACCCACUACCACACCUCCUCCCACCGACAAGGAAGUCCUCUUCCCUGCCUACCUCAUCAACCUCGUCACUUCGGAGAUGUGGAACAAUGGCUUCGUCAAGGAGUCUGAGCGCUUCCUUGCCAACGUCAUGCAGUCGAUCCAGCAAGAGGUCAUGCAACACGAUGCCGAGGAUGCCAUCAACCCAGGCGCCUUCUGGCUGUCUAACGUCCACGAGAUGUUGUCCUUUGUCUUCCUCGCUGAAGACUGGUACGAGCAACAAAAGACGGACAACUACGAGUACGACCGCCUGCUUGAGAUUGUCAAGCACGACUUGGAGAGUCUUGAGUUCAACAUUUACCACACCUGGAUGAAGGUGCUCAAAAAGAAGCUGCACAAGAUGAUCAUUCCCGCCAUCAUCGAGUCGCAAUCGCUACCUGGCUUCGUUACCAACGAGAGCAACCGCUUCCUUGGCAAGCUGCUCCAGGGCAGCAACACCCCUGCUUACAGCAUGGACAACCUCCUCACCCUGCUCAACAGUGUCUACAAGGCUAUGAAGGCAUACUACCUUGAGGACUCCAUCAUCACACAGUGCGUCACCGAGUUGCUGAGAUUGGUUGGUGUUACCGCCUUCAACGACCUGCUCAUGCGCCGCAACUUCCUCUCAUGGAAGCGUGGUCUCCAGAUCAACUACAACAUCACCCGCAUUGAGGAGUGGUGCAAGUCUCAUGAUAUGCCUGAGGGUACUCUGCAACUUGAGCACCUUAUGCAAGCUACCAAGCUGCUUCAACUGAAGAAGGCUACAUUGAACGAUAUUGAAAUCAUCCAGGACAUUUGCUGGAUGUUGAGCCCUAACCAGAUCCAGAAGCUGCUCAACCAGUACCUUGUGGCAGACUAUGAACAGCCCAUCAACGGCGAAAUCAUGAAGGCUGUCGCAUCCCGAGUGACGGAGAAGAGUGAUGUUCUGCUGCUCACGGCAGUCGACAUGGAGGACAGUGGCCCAUACGAGAUUGCGGAACCUCGAGUCAUUACUGCAUUGGAGACAUACACGCCAUCAUGGCUUCAAACACCCCGCCUCAAGCGCCUUGCCGAGAUAGUGUCUCAGCAGGCUAUUGCGCAACAAGAGAAGCUCGAGUUUGACGACGACAUGCCCGCCGGCCAAUCCAACGGCGACGCCAUGAACGCUCUGACUGGCGGCAUGGGCAUGAACGGCGGGGGAAUGAAUGGACACGCAACGAUUGAAGAAGGUAUUGAGGCAUGA